AUGUCGAAGCCCGCGGACCAGCAGCCAUCGGACAUGCAGGUCGACUCCUCCUCCGCCGUCGAGGAGAAGCCGGCCAUCAGAUUCUCCAUCAACGUGCUUGAGCUCAUGAGGGAGGCGCAGAUGCAGCAUGGUCUCCGCCAGAGCGACUACACGCGGUACCGGAGAUACUGUUCUGCACGACUCAGAAGGCUGUACAAGUCUCUCAAGUUUUGCAUGGCUGAGGCAUAUGCUUCAUAUAUGAAAGGUGCUUUGUUUUUUGAGCAAGACAAGAAUAUAGAUGCUGCAAUGAUAAAUUUCAAGAAUACGAGGGCUAUAUAUGAGGAGCUUGGGAAGUAUGGCAGUAUAGAAAAUCAACUUUUAUGCCGUCAGCGCAUCGACGAAUUGGAGCCUAUGAUUGAUUUCUGUUCACACAAACUAGGUGGAUCAUAUUUACAAGCACAUGAACUCCUGGAAACUGCUAAUGAUCUUCUCAAGGCGAAGAUGGAGGCUGUAUUAUCUGAGACAAGGUCACAGCAGGCAGCUUCCAUGACCGAGUUUAAUUGGCUUGGUCGCACAUUUCCUAUUACAAAUGCAAAGACCCGUGUCUCCAUUUUGAAAGCUCAGCAGCUUGAGAGAGACUUGAGUGGUGCAGCCACAGAAUCAGUUGCUGCUGACAAAAAGCUUGCCAUAUUUGAUAAAAUAUUUUCUGCAUACCAUGAUGCUCGGAGCUGCAUCCGCAAUGACCUGGCUUCUGCUGGCAAUGCUGAGGAUAUAAGAGAUGAACUGAAUGGUCUUGACAAGGCUGUUAGUGCUGUUCUAGGAUUGAGGACUAUAGAACGUAACCAGUUACUUGUUAGCAUUGCUAAAAGUAAAUUCACAAAGCAUCGAGAUGAGAAAAAUGAGCGAAUCACAAAGCCAGAAGAACUUGUUCGGCUAUAUGAUCUGCUUAUUCAGCUCUGGAAGAAACAAAAUGAAGAAGAGAACUCUUUUAUUCAUGAGUAUGAGCUGAAAGGCUUGGCUUUCCGAGCUGAGAGAUGUUUCUUUUUGGCGAAGUCAUAUAGUUCAGCAGGCAAAAGAGCUGAAGCAUAUGCAUUAUUCUGCCAUGCCCGUACUCUCACUGAUUCUGCACUGCAACAGCUUGCAAACAGUAAUGACAAGGCUUUAAUACAAGAUCUGAAGUCGCUAUCUGACAAUUGUAGAUCAAAUAGCUGCAUAGAACAUGCAACAGGCAUUAUGGAGGAGGAGAUUGUUCCCUUAAAACUCUCUAAAGGAGUCUCAACUAUGUCACUUGCUGAUGAUAAAACAAAGGAGAACAAGUAUCUUCUUGAUAUGCUAGAGAGCUAUGAAUCAGCGAUUGGUGAGCCAAACACCAAAGCUCCAUGUCACAUUGCUCAAUUCCCACCCCCCUUCCAGGCAGUUCCAUGCAAUCCUAUUGUGCUUGAUAUGGCUUACAACGCAGUUGAGUUCCCAAGCCUUGAGAACCGUAUGAAAAAAGAAAAGAAGGGCCUUCUGAGCAGGUUCUGGGGUUGA